AUGGAUAUAUUUUGCUGGAAUGUAAGAGGAAUAAAUGAUCCAGUAAAGCGUCGUGGUUUUCGAAAGUGGAUUCGUAAAUAUAAUCCUAUCUUUGGUUGUCUCGUUGAGAGUCAUGUACAGCAGCCUAACUCGGUCCCUGUAGUCAACAUCCUGCCCAAUUGGUCCUUCGACGAUAACUAUGAUUUCUCUGAUCUAGGGAAAAUCUGGGUUGUCUGGAAGCCUUCUGUGCAGGUUAAAAUUAUCGCCAAGACUCUGCAAAUGAUCACCUGUUCUGUCAAACUCCCGUUUCAGACAAGUGAGUUUGUGGUCUCUUUUAUUUACCCUUCAAAUUGUCGAAGAGAAAGAAGACUAUUAUGGAGUGAGCUUGAAUCUACAUAUUGCUUGCCUCAGCUUUGCAGUCUUCCUUGGAUUGUGAUGGGGGACUUUAACGAGAUCAUCAGUCCCUCGGAGCACUCCAGCGCUGAUCACUCAACCUCAACCAGGGGUAUGUGUGAUUUCAGAGAACGUCUUCAACAAUGUUCUCUCUCUGACCUUCAGUACAGCGGAAACACUUUUACCUGGUCAAACUCGUCUGUGUCUAAGAAGCUGGAUCGUGUUGUCUACAAUGAAGAAUGGCUAGAGAGCUUCCCCGAGUCCAUUGCAGUUUUUGGCAAGCCUGGUAUAUCUGAUCACAGCCCUUGCUGCACCUUCCUAGACCAAUUCAAACCUCCUCAGAAACGCCCUUUUCAGGAAAUGAAGCCUUUCAUUCGUGCUUUCAAUAAGGAAAAUUACUCAGAGAUCAAGAAGCCGGUUCAAGAGGCGUUUGAUCAUCUCACGGACUGUCAGCAAGUCUCCCUGUCUGCGCCAAGCUCACUUGUUGCUGAUGCAGAGAGAUCGUCCCAUGCCAGGUGGUAUGGUUUGGCCAAGGCUGAGGAUAAAUUCCUUAGACAAAGAUCAAGGGUGCAAUGGUCGGUUGAUGGGGAUGAAGGCACUGCCUUUUUUCACCGCGCUAACCGAGCAAGACAAUCCCAAAACCAUAUCCAUUUUCUGCUUGGUGAUGAUGGUCGUGUAAUUGACUCUCUCGAGGGGGUAAAAUCUCACGCAGUUAACAACUUCCAGAAUCUUUUGGGUGGUGCCAACGCAUCUACAACAUCUACUCCUGAUGACAUUGCGUCGAUUAUGCAAGUUAGAUGCUCCGCCGAAGCUAUUACCUCUCUUGCUGCACCAUUCACUGUUCUCGACAUUGAAAAGGCAUUCUUGUCUCUUCCAAAGAACAAGUCUCCUGGACCUGACGGCUACCCCGCUGAGUUAUUCACUGGAAAUUGGAAGGUGGUUGGACGAAACUUAAUAGCUGCGGUGAAAGAAUUCCUGAGCACGGGGGAACUGCUUCAACAAUGGAAUGCAACUCUCCUUAUCCUGGUCCCGAAAAAGACCAAUGCCAACAAGAUUACUGAAUUCAGACCUAUAGCUUGUUGCAACACAGUAUACAAGGUGGCUUCAAAGCUGCUAGCCAAUCGACUGAAAGACCACCUCCCGACUCUAAUCUCCUCCUCUCAGUCAGCUUUUGUUCCUGGUCGCUUGCUGGUUGAUCUCCAGAAUGCGUUCGAUACCCUGGACUGGAACUUUGUUCUCUAUACCCUAGAAGCUUUGGAGUUUCCUCUGGUCUUCUCGCAACAGUUGAAGAGGAAAUUUCAAGACGGAUCCAUUGGCUUUCACCCCAAUACCUCAUCCUUGCAGGUCACUCACCUAUCCUUUGCUGAUGACCUGAUGAUCUUCACAGAUGGGACGCCUAAUUCUGUGAAAUGCAUUGCUGAUACAAUGGAGGACUUUGCUCUCUAG